AUGAAUCAGUAUUUUCAUAAUACUUCUAGGAGUGUAAAUGGCCGCUCAUUUACAAGAUCACGCACAUUACCCACAAUCCCAGUAGACAAGUUCCUGCCACAGGACAGCCCCAACAGUAACAACGGGAACCCAUCUCCAGUCUUAGGCAAACCACCUACUCCUGGAGUUGCUAAAAUUAUUGCAGAAAAGAAGAGCAAAAAUGUUCAGUGGAGUCCGGAUCUGAGCAACCACCGUCCACGAAGUCAUAGCGCUGCAGGUCUAGGACGUCGCAGAUUGAUACCCCGCCACCCCCACCCACAGAAAAAAGGGUCUGCCUGGACGUUAGAUGAGGGUGAAACGCCUCAGGAAAUCAGGAAGUUGCAUGCCAACUCUCCACCACACUCUACCAAACAUCUUUAUGUAUCGUCACCAGAGAAAACGAUGUCUUCAUCAGACGAUAAAAGGUUGGAAAGAAGUAGUAGCGCAAAGGGAAGAAGUUUUUCAAGUUUUGCCCGACGACUUAGUGCAAAGGAACAUAGAGGGCGCAGUAAUGAAACAGAGACUUGUAAAAAGACGUCAAGACAACGUUCUGUUAGUGUAGACUGUGGGGAUGCUAGAAAUGCCAUAGGGAACAUGCUAGAAGCACCACAAGUGAUGAAAUCAGACAGCGCAACUUCUCUCCACCCCUCCCCCAGUCUCCCCACCAAGCUCAAUAGGAACAAUAGUGGAAGUGGGUCUGCUUCCCCCACUGGACAAAGCAGGCUUGUUCGUACAUUCUCAGGUAGUAAACGUAAGAAUUCCAACAACGAUUCAAUGAAAGACAAGAAAAAGACAGACAAAGGAGAGAAAAAGUCAGAUGUACAUGCAUUGUUCGAGGCUGUAGAGCACCAGGAUAUGGAUCUGGCCAAGUUAAUCCUACGCAAUAAUGGUAUUGAUAUUAACAGUAUGAAUGAGGAAGAUCUCACACCACUAGAUGUCGCUAUCAUGACAAACCAUGUCCCAAUGGCGAGAAUGCUCAUCUCCAAUGGUGCCAAAGAAAACCCAAAAUGGAAAGAUGCUGAGCAACGUGCAGCUAGAUUAAACCAGCACAUCACUGAUGCGGAGUUACAGUUGCAGGAUAUAACAGCCAUGGUACUUAAAGAUGCUAAUAGUAACAACGUCUCAUCAGUUCAACAAAAAGAGAACGAACGGCUUUUGAGUUACUGGGAGUUCAGAUCCAAACUACUUAAAAGAAUGAAAGCGGGACUCGAUCAUGCAAAAGUGCCCGAUGGCCCAACCAAUGUCAAGCUGAGUGUUGCUAGUGCCACCUCUCUAAUGGUCAAGUUUCAAGAGCCCGACUGUCACAAUGGCGCUGUUGUCACAAGAUAUAAAGUUGAAUGGAGUUGUUUUGAAGACUUCAGUGUCCUCGCUGGAGAUUUCAGCCUCGAUGAGCCACAACAAUUUGAAUAUGAAAUCAGUGAACUCAUAUCUGGAAACAUGUACUAUGUCAGGGUUAAAGCCUUCAACAUUAAGGGAUCUGGUCCAGCCACUGUAGCCAGCCCCUCAUACUGCAUUCCUUCAAAUUGGAGAGAGAUGGUCAACACUGUUCCACGUUCCCAGGGCAAAUUACAACUUCUGGAUGACCUAUUUACGAGCGUGAAAAGCUCUCGUCGUGCAGAUGCGGCUGAGUUGAAGGGAACCAGUCCCACCGGCUCCCCCCUACACCCUCGCAAAUCUACUAUGAGAAAAAGUAUCAAGAAUCUAUUCACUUCUGGUGCCAAAUUCCAGAAAAAUCUAAAAAGGGGCGUUUAUUUGUCGUGCUUGCUUUACAAUGAAGAUCGCGUGGUUGUAACACAAGAUGAUCUUCUCCCAAUAAUUGAAGUAGAUGACACAUUCUCGGGGACCAACCUCAACACUGAUUUCCAUUGGUUAAUGAAGAUUGCCUGCACAUGGGAAGAUGUAAAAACUCUGCGUCAAGACAUGGAUAAAAGCAGUAGCUCCAGCACGGUACAGUUCCGGUGUAAGCUCCUUAAUGCAGCGGCACAGCUUCAGCACACUCUUGGGCUUCAGGAUCUGGGCCAGUUAUACUAUCAACCAACUAAAGAUGCUAAUGGCAGUAUCGUAUUUACAACAGUCAGCCAGAUAAAGGAUCCAAGAGUUAUCAACUCGACUUCUGUGAAGUGGCUACCCAUGUCAAAGAUUCAGAAACGUCUCGCGGCUACCACCUCUGAGUCCAAUACUCUUGCUCCUGAAGCUAUGUUGGCAUCACUUAACGAGAUGAUAAGUUACCAACAAGCUAGCCAGGCAUCCCUCCCUAAAGGCCUAUAUCUCGGGUACCUCAAGCUACGUAGCUCUGUAGACCUCAUCCGUGUCCUUGUGUCGCAAAAAAUGCCCAAUGUUCUUCCAUAUACGAAGGUGCGUGACAUCGCAAAUGUCUCGAAGGAUGAGUGGGAGUGGUUACAACAUUUAGACAAUAACAGUGUGAACUGUCCACCCACUCAGUCACAAUUGAACUUUCAGAAUGAGAUCAUAGAAUCGUGUAAGACAUUGUUGAAGAGUAUGGGCAUGAAUGAAGAUGACGCUGUUAGCCAUAGGCUGUAUGACCUUGAAGUGAUUGAACUAAGCCCGGAUGUGACAUUUCUGGUUUUAGUGCCACCUAUUGAGGGAGUAUGUAGUGUCCCGGGCCAUAAUGAUAAUCUAUCCACCAACACAGACUAUAUUGAACUACCUGUUCAGGUCUUUGAAAUGACCCACAUGUGCACAUACCAGUCAGACUUUAUAUCCCGAUAUUCCCGCUUAUCGUCUAUAUUAGAAAUUGAAUCUCACUUAGCGACGCAAUCUCAGAGAGAAGCAUUUUCAAGUGAAGAGCUUUUGGAUGCGAAAUCUCGUGUUGAACAAUUAACCAAAUUUCAACAAUCUCUUGAUGAUGCCUGGAAAAGUGUUCGUUGGACCAUGGACUUAAUAUCAUAUGCUCGUGAUAAAAAUGUGCGUGGUGGAAUUCCCCUGGGGGUCCUUUAUGCUCCCCCACCCUCCCCUAAUGACUCUCCAGUUAUGGAACGUCGUGAAAUUGACAGUAAUGAUGCAGGGUAUCAUAGUGAACAAAGCACAUACAGUGACAAUACUGCCAUAAGAGGUCUCCAGCUUCAUAAUAAAGACAUAAACAUUGCCCCACAGGCUACAAAAGCACCUGCCCCGGAACCAGGGUUGGUGCGUGUAUAUGCUGCCUAUGAAACUGGACUUGGCAGAGGUACAAGUGUGAAACUUCGCGUUACUCCUAGGACAACUUCCCGUGAGGUUAUAAACCUUGUUGUCCAACAGCUGAAUAAGGCCACACACCAGAAAGGCUUAGGUGGCCCAUACUAUAAUGAUGAACUUCUAAUAGACUUUUGCUUAGUGGCUGUAAUUGGUGCACGGGAACGUGUUCUCAGAGACGAUUAUCAACCUCUGCAGCUCCAGAACCCCUGGACGAAAGGGAGGCUGUAUGUACGCCAACGGCAAGAUCUCCUAGCUGCUUUAGAAUAUGGAAACUCUACAUCAGUGUAAAUUCAGAGUUACUUCAGUGUAACUUAAGUGUAACUAGCUCAAAAUGCAGUAUUAGUGUACCAAGCUGACAAUUUAUCAUUCAUUCAGUAUAAUACAAAUCAAAGAUUUUUCUUGAUAAAAAAAAUUGCUAUCUUAGGUUUACUUGAACAUAAGUAAAUGUGACAUGUAAAUAGUAUAUGAAACAUUUCAAACUCACAUGCUCUUGGUGUAUAACAUAGUUAUGAAAUAACACAAGUGUAAAAUUGAGAAAUUAUUUUAUGGGCUAGUUUAUCAAAAGCUGAGUUCUUAUCCUCAGGUUAAUUACCUUCAAUAUGUGAAUAUAAUUUAAUAUUAAAAGACUAUGAUCUUGUGAUGUGUCCCAGUAUGUAACAUACACAUUAACAUAUAGUGUGACAGGUGUUUGUGAAAUCUCAGUUUUUGUCAAAGAGGUACUAUAAACUAUAUUUAGUUUUUCAUUUUACAACUAAAUGUACUUUUAACACACACUUUAUUCAUGCCAGGUGUGCUUGUAUUCACCAUUUUAUCUUAUUUUGAAAUUUUUCUGUAAUGCAUAAAAAUGAAAUUGUCAUAAUUCGGUUGAAUAUAGAAAUUCAAAAUUGUCAGUCUUAAAUGAUUUUAAUAUACACUGGAGAGAUUUACUCUGGUGGUGUAUCUAAUAAAGUAUGGAUAGUGUGCAUUGUGCAAUAUGUUAAUAGUGAAAAAAUAUUCUGUUUUAACUAACACCUAACGAUGAAUUUGAAACUUUUUGUAAUGUUUCUAGAUAUAAUAAAUGAUUCUCUUAGUCGAUAAAGAUAAUGUGAUUAUCACAGAUAUGAUUUUAGACAUGUUCUCUGUUGAAAACAGACUUUUUGCUGGUGUGAACUUAUUCCAGUUUUAGUUAGAAAUGGUUGUGAUAUUCUAAUCUUAUGUAAGUCAACUAUGUAUAUUUCAAGUUAUAAUUUAUGAAUGUGCAUGGACAUACAGAAAUGUGAUGGUGAGAUAUUUGAAUAUAAUUUGCAUGUCUCAGCGUUUAAAAAUUUGUCCAUGCACAGUUACGUAGUAUAAUGAAAUAUGUUUGGAUGUAUACUACAUGAGUGGUAAACUGUCUUGUAUUGAAUAUAUGUACAAUAUCUAUAUAUGUAAUUGUUUUGUACAAAGGAAAUUAAAUUAUCUGCCAAUAAAUUAUUGUGUUACAUAAAA